GCGUACGAGAAAUGAUAUUUAAGCUUCUUCAACAAUGCAGAUUGCAAGAGGCAGAAGCAGAAGUCGUAGAAACUUAAGGUGUGUACACAUACUAUCGUAUGAUUAAGACUGCGAUUGAGGCAAAUAAUUAUUCAUCAGCAACAUUUAUUAUAAAUUAGCUACGAAACUUUGAAAUCGAAUGUACGAGUACGAACAAGAUUUCAUGAUUGUUGCUGCGCGGUGAGCUCUUGCCGAGUUACGGUUAUGGUUAUUUCAAAAAUUUCGAUAACAUGGCAUCGUUAGACGACGACUCGUUGCACGUAAUUAAAUCGUCUCUCACCGAUGCUGUAGAAAAAUUGGAAUGGGUUCCUCUAUCCCUCACCUUCGUCGAAUACCCACAAGGUGAUUACAUUGGAAAAUUUUUAGCUCUGAUAAGCUUAGUGCCCUUCGCUAUUAUAACAGGUUUUGUAACGUUGAUUCUCUUUAGAAGAGAUUUACACACUAUCAACUUUUUCAGUGGUAUUUUAAUGAAUGAAUGUAUAAAUUUUAUAUUGAAACAUACAAUCCGCGAAGCAAGACCAAUGAACCGAGCGACAGUUUAUCAUGAAUAUGGCAUGCCUUCGAUGCAUGCACAGUUCAUGUGGUUCUUCACUGCAUAUACCAUACUUUUUGUAUGCAUUAGAUUACAUCAUAAUAAUAACAGCAGUGUAUUAGAAAAAUUCUGGAGAACUGCAUUCAUAGCUAUUUGUACAAUUGUUGCUAUUAUAGUCUCUUACAGUAGAGUUUAUUUAUUGUAUCACACUGUUUCCCAAGUUCUAUGUGGUGCAUUCUUAGGCAUUCUAUUGGGUACGAUAUGGUUCAUAAUUACAUACGCAGUACUCACGCCAAUUUUUCCAAUCAUCGUUUCAUGGCGGAUAUCGGAGUAUUUGUUGCUGCGCGAUACAACAUUGAUUCCAAACAUCCUCUGGUUCGAGUACACGAAAAUUCGUACAGAGGCGCGGGCACGUUCGAGGAAGCUUGUAUCAAUGAAAUCGCAAUGACGACUGAUGUCUGGCCAAUGGGCUGACAAUAAAUGAAGGACGGAUACGGAGGAAUCAUUCUAUCACUCAUUGGUUCUUCAACCGAACGAGAACUACAAAUGUUCGGCUCGAUUACUAAUUAUUGUUGGCGAUCGAGAAUCUCGCCAAUGAUUUUUAAACGCAAAAGGUAUUAGUACAAAUUUUUCAUACGAAUUUCUAUGUUCCUGACGGUGGAACGAUUUUUCUGUAAAUUAUUUAUGACGCGUAUAUUCAAUGAUUAUUAUUAUUAUUAUUAUUAUUAUUCUCUGUUGACUUUUAUGAUAUAUUCUUAAUAGGGAUAACGUGUCUUUUGCUAACAUUAUUUUCCAGUAUAAUAACAUUGUGUUCCAUGUAAAGACGAAACAUUGUAAGUUCGUAAACCGCGUUACUUCAUUUCACUAGUGCAAUAAUGCAGAGUACAUUAAAUAGCCACUAAAUAGGUAGAUUGAAUUUAGUUCGGCUAAUUGUAAGUCUACGCAUAAUCAGUAGAGAUCACUCUAGAUUCAAAUGCAUCUUACAUUCGAUUGAACUGUCCUUCUUGCAUUUGUUCUUUUUUACUGCUCAUCUUUUAUAAUGUAUUCAAGUAAAAAGUGCUCUUCUCAAUUUUUGUAUCAUUUAUCGAAGUCGAUGCACAUGAAACAGACAUUCUUUCAACAUCUCUACGAUUAUUUCUCAUAUGCAUCAACGUAAGAGUCAAAAGUCGAUGCCAGAGAUACGAAAAGUUGAUUAAACCCUAAAUAGUUAACGUUGGAACGACAGUACGUAAACAGUUUUAGAAGAAAUUCCGUGAGCUUCGUCGUGACAGUGUAAUACACUCGCUUUUGACUCUGGUCAUAUGUAUACAUGUAGUUUUGUGUACUGUUCUUUUUUACAGUACACCCAAGUGAAUAAUAUUAGAAUACCGAUAAUUAAUAGAGUCGCGAACGAAAAGACAUAUGUAACACGCGGAUUAGCCAGCAAUGAUGUAAGGAAUUAGCAUUUCAAUUGAACAGGGUGUCUCAUUUAAAUUUUAUUAUACUAACGCGUUGCGUGAGAAAUUGAUCGAAUCUUUUGCAUCUAUCUAAUAAUAGUUCUACUUAGUAUAAUAAUCUAGAUUUAAGUGUGACACCGUCUUCGAAAAGUCAAACAUCUUCGAUUGUUUGACCUGUUCGUUUUCGAAUAGCUUAACUUAUGUUCGUCUGUGGAUUCGUAUAUGAACUCCGUUCGUUUCUAAUGGGAAAAAGAAAAAUGUAACAAUACAACAUCAUCGUUACGUUGCUCAAUUUAUGUGUCGUCAUGAUAGCAAUUACAAAGUUUGCCAGCAGAGUGUGAGGAAAAAGAUAUUACGAUUCUCGGGUCAAUGCGAAGUUAUAAUGUGAAUAUGCAAUAGCAUUUUAUAACGGAACUUGAAAUAAAGUUAAUGCACAGUAUGAUGAA